CAUUCACAACUAUUUAUAUAUUUUUUUUUCUAUUUCUUUUAUCUUCUAAAAGUCAUUUAUAAUUGGUCAAAUUAUAUUUUAUGUUUACUGUUACGGAUAAUAUCUUACGGAUGUUCUAUGAUUGGUUGACUUGUUCUAUCUUCUGAUUCCAUUGGCUAAUUUUUACGUUACGUCUUAUGCUUAUGGUUAUGGAAAUUCAUGUGCGAGGGCUUUUACAGUUUUCCGUUUUUCAAGUAAGGGCUACCGCACAAACUCUUCCAUAACGCGUUACGUUACGUUAAGUACUCCAUACGAACCUAAGUUGUACUUAAAAUUUAACUUAAAUCACGCACAAAGAAAUCCUUAACGUAAGAACUUAAGAACUUAGGGCCACCGCACAAGCUCUUCCGUAACGUGUUACGUUACGUUACUCACAAGGAAGGAAAAGCUAAAAAAAAAAAAAAUCAACGCACAAAGAAAAACGUAAGUGCCGUAACGUAAUAAGUAAGAAUAAGGUGAAUCGUGUGUGGUCGAGAUUGAACAAGAUGUUAACUCGAAGAAAAAAACUUUUAUUGGUAUUAUUAUUAUUUAUAAUAAUAAUUAAAAAAUUAAAAACCAAAAGAAAACAUAAAAUAUGGGCCAACAGAAGAUGGUACGUAAGAUUCAUUAAUAGAAAGAGACAACAACAAGGGGAGUACCAUAAUUUAUUUAAAGAGCUCAAAGGAUCUAAGGAUAACGAUAUGUUCUUUGAAUACAGCAGAAUGUCAAUGCUGCAUUUUGAAAAGUUAUUACAUUUUGUACAGCCUCGUCUUAUUAAAAGAAGUAAGAGAGCUCUUAUUCCAGAAGAAAGACUUCUUAUUGCGCUGAGGUAAUUAUACUCUCUCACACGUUUGCGUGUAUCAAUAUGAUUAGAUUUAUUAAAUUUUUUUAUAAAUUUUGUCAUAAUAUAUACAAAAAGCUUUUAAUUUAAUUAGCUAUCAAGUUUUAUUACUUAAUUAUGUGUUUAAAUAUAAAUAUAUAAAUAUAUAUUUUGAAUAUUUUAAUUUUUUUACAGAUAUCUUGUAACCGGGAAUUCAAUAAGUUCCAUUGCUCUUUCUUUUCGAGUUGGUCAAUCUACAGUAAGAAAUAUAAUAAAAGAAAUCUGCGUUGUAAUUUCUAACACUCUAAGUUCUUUGUAUCUGACGGUUCCAACAGAAGAAGAGUGAAAAUUGAUUACUGAUGGAUAUUGGAACACAUGGCAAAUGCCAAAUUGCUUUGGAGCAGUGGAUGGCAAGCAUAUUAAAUUAAAAUGUCCACCAAACUCUGGUAGUUGCUAUUAUAAUUAUAAGAAAUAUUUUAGUAUUGUGUUGAUGGCUAUUUGUGAUCAUUUAUAUAGAUUUAAAUUAGUAGACAUAGAAGGCUAUGGAGGAAAUAGUGGUGGUGGCAUAUUUCAUGUUUCAACUAUUGGACAAAAUUUAGAGAAUGAUCAGUUAAAUUUACCAAAAGAUAAUGCCAAACUUCCUGGUAGCGAUAUCAAAUUACCAGGAUUUUUUAUAGGAGACGCUGCUUUUCCACUUACAACGAGAAUAAUGAAACCUUAUUGCGGUUCAAAUUUAACAAUUGCUCAAAAAAUUUUUAAUUAUAGACAUUCUAGGGCGAGACGUACAAUUGAAAGUUUAUUUGGAAUUUUAGCUAAUCGCUGGCAAGUUUUUCAUAAAUCUAUUUGUAUGUUGCCACAAACAGCGGAUAAGAGAACAUUAGCAUCAGUAUGUUUACAUAAUUUUUUGAUGUAUGAAGAACAAAAAGAUGCUAGCAAAGAGUAUAGCCAAGAAAUUGAUAGUAAUAAUAUAUCUUGGUUACCUGUAGAAAUUAAUGCUGAACGAGAUAAUACACAAAUAGCCAUUACUCAACGAGAUAUGUUAUGUAACUAUUUUGUUUCUUUGGUAGGAAAAGUAGAUUUUCAAUAUGACUAUAUACGUAGGGGUACAUACCGAGAAUAAAAAUCAUUAUCUAUUAAGUUAAUUUUAAUUUUAUUUUUUUAAAUAAUGCGUUUUUAUAUUGUAAGAACAUUUUACCAUUUUUUGUAACAGUAUUAUUUAUUUACUG